GCUCCCCUUGUACAGCCCUAGGCUAAAAGGGAAGAGGCGAAAGAGAAACCGGUGGUGCAGAGAGCGGUGGGAACCAGUCGAGCGCGCGAUCGAGUAGGGCAACCACGGCUUGUGACGUUGGAGCCGGCCGGUGGGGAUCCCACCGCCUUCUCUGCCCGCCUCCCUCCCCAUCCCAGGUGGAGACCCUCCGCCGCCCUCUCCUCUUCUUGGACAAAGUUCGCAGUCCCGCCCCGCACGGUGGUCGCGGGGCCCUCCCUUCCGCCGGCGGCAGCCCAUCCGAUCUCCUCUUCCUCGCCGGAGGCGGCCGCUUCUCUGUUGCUUCCUUUCCCCCCUCCCGUUUCUUCCCUUUUCUUAGAUUAGUUUAGCCUUUCCUUUUCCUCGCGUUACUUCUCUGAUUGGAACAUAUUGAAAAAAAAAAUAUGCUUACGAUCAAGAGAGUCCCUACCGUGCUCUCCAACUACCAGGAUGAUUCCAGCGAGCCCCGUGGUUGUGGGAGAAACUGCCUCGGCGAGUGCUGCUUGCCUGUUUCCAAGCUUCCUCUGUACGCCUUCAAAAACGACGCAAGUCCUAAAGUUUCUUCUGGUGCGGAUGAAUUACCUUCCGAUUUCUUUCUGAACACCAUUGGAAUAUCAUAGUGGGAAGAUCGGAUGAGCCGUGGGCUGUUCCGUUAUGAUGUCACCGCAUGCGAGACUAAGGUGAUUCCUGGAAAGUACGGCUUCGUGGCGCAGCUAAAUGAGGGCCGCCACCUGAAGAAAAGGCCUACAGAAUUCCGGGUCGAUCGUGUCCUCCAACCCUUUGAUCCUGCGAAAUUUAACUUCACCAAGGUUGGCCAGGAGGAGGUGUUGUUCCGCUUCGAGGCUGGGGAAGAUCGCAAGUCGCUGUUCCUGGAGCAUGCUGUUGCAGAUGAAACAAAGAGUCCUAGUGUUGUAGCAAUCAAUGUGAGCCCCAUUGAAUAUGGUCAUGUUUUGCUGAUUCCCCGUGUGCUCGACUGCUUGCCUCAGAGGAUUGAUCCUGAUAAUCUCUUACUUGCUCUUCAUAUGGCCGCUGAAGCAGGAAGUGCUUACUUCAGGCUCGGCUAUAAUAGUCUGGGUGCCUUUGCCACCAUUAACCAUCUCCACUUCCAGGCUUAUGUCCUAUCAACACCAUUCCCAGUUGAGAAAGCGCCUACUCAGAAGAUUCCAAUUGGGAAUGGUUUGUCCCAGAGCAGAGUGAAGUUCUCAAAAUUGAUCGAUUAUCCUGUGAGGGGUCUUGUUUAUGAAGGAGGGAGCACUUUGAAGGAAUUAUCUGAUAUAGUUGCCCGCUCUUGCAUCUGGCUUCAAGAGAACAACAUACCAUUUAAUGUUCUCAUCUCUGACUCAGGCCGGAGGAUCUUCCUCUUCCCCCAGUGCUAUGCUGAGAAACAGGCCCUAGGAGAAGUCAGCCAGGAACUAUUAGAUACUCAAGUAAAUCCUGCUGUUUGGGAGAUAAGUGGACACAUGGUAUUAAAGCGGAAGAAAGAUUAUGACGAGGCAUCCGAGGACUAUGCUUGGAGACUACUGUCUGAGGUCUCCCUUUCUGAAGAAAGGUUUGAAGAAGUCGAAGCUUACAUCUUUGAGGCCAUAGGUUUAGUGGAGUCCAAGGAAACGGCUGCCGUGGAAAAGAACGAAGGAACUCCAUAUCAGUCCUCAACUACAGUGUCUGCUGCGCCUCACUUUACAGAAGGUUGUCUGGUUCUUCACUAAUAUGGUUGGUUUUCUCUGAAAUAAAAAAGAAUAGAGAAGUCCUCAAGUUCCUUUUGCUGUUAUUUAGUCAUGCCUAGUUGUUUUUAGGGGAUCAGGAACAGAUAUUUCGAUGUUGUUGUACUAGUUUGCCAGCAUGUGCUUUGCUUUCAGAAAGCAGUUUGUAGCUGCAUCGUACUGAAUAUGCUUGUCAGAAUGGGUUACAAUGUUCUUAUUUGUGAUGCACCAUAUUUGGCCUCUAUUCUAUAUGAAGGGGUUUAAAUGGUUUGGUAUACUAUGUAUCCUCUGCUGUGGGAUUUAUGCAUAAACACUUUGGUCAA